ACGCAUGUUAGAUAUACGUUACAGACAGACACGUGUCCUGCUCUCCGCUGUCUGGGGUCUGAGUAGUAUGAUUUUAGGCAAAAUAUUCACCCCCGCACCAUCCUCCCAAUAUUCUCAGUUGCCAAGCCAGCGCAGAGCAGAAGAAUGGCGGAGAAUUCAUCGCCGUUUCCGAAGCCAAUUCGACAAUCCAAUGCGGCCGGAUCCGUGUCUCAUAGCCUAAUCAUCCCCUCACCGUCCCCAUCCGUGGACGCCCACCGAAUUCCCUUACCUCCAUCUCAGCAACCGCCGAUGACGCCGUCUACACUUCCGUGGCUUCAACAACAAAUGCUACAGCAACGGCCGAGCAAUUUGACGGCCGCACGGAAUAUCCAGAUGCCACACAGGACGCCUUCCACGUCGAGGGUGCAUCAGGUGCAGCACAACGUGGCGGCGGCGGCGUGGCGGCCGCAGAUGAACUUCGGCGGCGGCGGUCUCGCUCAGCAACCACAGGAACAGCAGAUGGCGAGAUCGGCAUUGAUAGGGCAGACUGGCCAACUGCCUAUAUUGUCUGGCCAAGCCCCGGCGGCGUCAGCUGCGUCCCAGUUCAAUUUGCAACCGCCGUUGUUAGCACUGCCUAGUCAGAAAAGCAGGUUAUUACAAGGAUCCCAGUUCCCUGCUGUUAGUUCGGCCGGGCAAGCUCUAGAGGGAAUGAUGGGACCUCUCAACUUGAACUCUCAAAUUAGAGCAAAAAGGCCCCUUCCAUAUGCCCAACGGAUGAACCAGGGGCAUUUAAGGCAGCAGUUGUCGCAGCGACAUUCACUUCCGUCAAAUCAGGGUCAAAAUGUACCGAGGGCCUCAUUUAUAAACCCUCAGUUAUCUGGGCAGUCAGUUUUGAACCCUUUCUCUCCGCAACAAUGGUCGAUGCAAGAACCGACGAUGUCUAAUCCUAAUUCUCCCUAUCAUCUUCAACACCAGAGGCUAGAACAACUACUUUUGCAGCAACAACUAGCUUCAUCCUCUCAGAUGCAGCAAAAUUCUACAUCAUUGAACCCACAGCAGUUUUCCCAGCCUGUACAGCAGCAGCAGCCGAUGGUGCAUCCACAACUCAGUCAUCAGCAACAGCAACAGCAUCAAGUUCUGAAUCAGCAACAGCAGCGGUCUCCAACGAGGGCAGUGCCUGCUGGCCAAAAGUGUCUCAGUUUGACAGGAUCACAGCCAGAUGAUACUGGAUCUGGAACAACUACACCAGGGGGGAGUUCAAGCCCGGGAGCGGAAGCAAACAAUCGACUUCUUGGGAAGAGAAGAAUUCAGGAUUUGGUUUCCCAGGUGGAUCCAAAUGCAAAACUAGAUCCUGAAGUCGAAGAUCUUCUUUUGGAUCUUGCUGAUAACUUUGUCGAUUCGGUAACUACAUUCGCAUGCAACUUGGCAAAGCAUCGCAACUCUUCAACUCUAGAAGCCAAGGACUUGCUGCUUCAUCUAGAGAAAGAUUGGAAUUUGACCGUUCCUGGUUUCUCAAGUGAAGAAAAAAAAUAUCAACAGGAUCAGCAAUCAAGUGAUCUUCACAAGCAGCGUCUCGACUUGGUUUGGGGCGGUGGAGGCAAUCCAAUCCAUUUGCACUUUCUCAACAGUUUUUGCAUAAUAUUUCAUCAUCUCCAUUUCCAACUAGCACAGGAAAAAGGGCUUCCAAAUUUGCUUGUUUGCUUUGUGAAAAGAAACCCUCAUUGAAGAGGGAUUUACUUCACUGUGUAUUUGCAAUGUUGGGAUGUUUUCCACUUGUGCGCUCUUAAGUUUUUCUGCAGAGUCGAUAAGUUCAGCAUCUGGAGAGGCUGAAGACUGGAGAUAUUGAAACACAAAUCUGAUUGCAACAUGGUCUGGAGGAUCGAGGUACAGGACGGAUGAUUGGCACUAGACGUGAGUUUAAGGGACUUUACCAUCUUGCCUUGUUGUUAUCUAUGGCAUCUGCCUAUGCUACUACAGGGGUAACUACCUUUGCAUGCAGCUUGGCAAAGCUUCUCAAUUCUUCAACUCUUGAAGCUGCCGCUCCUAGACUUAUUAUACACAUUGGAAAAUUGCAAGAAGUUGCAAUACGUGCAUCUCUGUUCACUUUUAUCUGCACUCUUCACGUGGCAUCUUUUCUGACUGGAUUUGCAGGUAUACGGUAUAUCAUUCUUGUCAAUAAAUUCUACUUUUAUUUUUAAGAAUUCUCUUUUAAUUCUCUCCUUUCUGGCAUACCUUCAAUUUCUUUCCGAAUAUUUUUUAUGUAAUUCUUUUGUUGUAUAACAUACAUUAAUACUGAAAAUUUUUAAGAACUUAAAUUUCACAGAUUACUUUAUUACUUAUAAGAUACGAGCAGAUGCAAAAUAUGAACUUAGAAUAGUGGAAGCAAGAAAAGGACUUAAUAUUUGAUGGCUGUACCAUAAAUGAGAAACCAUGGUGGCAACUGACUCAUAGCCUAUUUGUAAGUUUUUGUGGAAUCAUUUUCACUGUUCCUGUAUUAGACUGCGCCAUGCUGAUUCUUUGUGAUCUUUUUGUCACAUUUUGAAUUCUAACAUAGACCUUGAACUAUUAUUUGAAUGAAUCACUUGUUUGGAGAUUUUUGAGUUGAAGGCCAAUAUAAUAUACCGUUCCAAACUGUUCUUGUAUGGACUAGGAUUAGGAUUAGGAUUAUACCUUGUAAGGUGAACUUGUUGGAUUAGUAUUACUACCUUGUAAGGAUCUGGAAAUCCUCUGGAUUCUAUCUCCUUUGAAUGAAGGGUGAGCGGAAAUUAUUGUGGGCUUGAUUCUCCUAGGCCUCUAUUCCAUGCUCCAGUUUGUCACACUGCACCUUUACAAUUUCAAUCCUAGUGUUGACUCUUGGAACAUAUAUUUGGAAAUCUUCAUGACAUUUAAGUUGUGCAGACUGUGUCCAAUGGCGCAAGAAUUAAUUUUGUUGGACAUCAGAAUAAUAAGUUAUAAGCCAAUUAUUGGUGUGAUGUCAAGUUUGCCUUUUUGGGAUUUCUUCAAUUUUGCCUGAAAAGUGAUGCUGCUUGUCCUUGGCUUGUGCCAUGACUUGAUCCAUUUCAAACACAUUUCUAAAUGCUUUUAGAAGAACACCUUGUUCUGUUGAAUUCUAAAGAUUUAAUGAAUUACAACUUGAUUGAUAAUGAAAUUGACAAUACACACACCACCACACUAGGCCUCGUGCCCUUUCUAGAAACAAGGAUAAACAAAGAGUUGUACUUUUCUGGAUAGCACUCAUGAUAUGGAUCAUGUGAACCAAGAGAUAUGUUCUGAUAUUAGUUGGGCUACUGGCAAUUUCUUAAAUACAUUUCUGAUAUUAUUUGUGAUUAUGUGAACUGCUUCAAAUACAUUUCUAAGCACACUAAGAAAAAGUAAAUUAUAUAUGUUAAUUGAACUAUAAAACUUAUGAAAUAAUAACUCAAUUGACAAUAUACUAGACUUAGAGGACCUAUUUAAACAUGACAAAUUAUUGAUGAGAAAUAAUUAUUCCUACUACUCUUCUUCCUCUAUUCUUAUUCUCUAUACUUCAUAAUUUCUUUUUCCUACAAAACCUGGUGCUGAAAAUUUUCAUUUAGGUUCUGUUUGUUUCGACAUAAAACAUUUUACAUUGGAAAAUGUUUUUGAUGUAAAAUGUUUUACACAAAAAAGACUCUUUAUUUUAUUUUCUGGUGUUUGGUUUGCAUGGUAAAGUGUGUUCCAAAAAUUAGUUGUAUGUGCAUAUAACAUAUUUAUAUGUGCGUGUAUGUAUGUAUGCACAUGUGUGUGCAUAUAUAUAUUUGUGAAUGGAUGUAUAUUUGUGUGUGCAUGUGUAUGUAUAUUUGUGUGCGUGCACGCAAGUUUAUGUAUAGGCAUAAGGCAUAAAUAUGCCCUCAAACUUUUACUUUAUAGCCAUUUGGCCCCCUUAACUUCAAAGUGAGCUUAUCAUGCCCCUAAACUUUCAAUUUUGCUACAAUCACACACCUAUCUCUCAAAUGAGCAUGCGUGAGAUACAUGUUGUCUGUGGGUUGCUGGCGAGAGAGGGGGGAGGUGGGUCGUUGGCUAGGGAGGCCAAUAGCUGGUGGGUUGAUCGGCCAUGCCGAGAGGCACGAUGGCUCUGUGGGUUGGUCGGCCAAGGCGAGAGCGGUAAUGGUUGGGUCAGCCAACGACAUAAGGAAUGAGGGAAAGGUCAGUUAUCAACACACAGAAGAGGAACCUCUGUUGGUCGUUGGCUUGAGAAAGCUUCGUCAGUCAGUCAUUGUCCUCCCACCUCCGACCUCUGUUUCCUUCUUCCUUACGCUACCGGCCGACCCACCUAUCAUCGCUCUCACCUUGGCCGAUGGACCCACCUACCCAUUCCAUCUCUCAGCUUGGCCGAUCGACCCACUAGCCAUUAGCCUCCCUGGCCGGCGACCCACAGACAAUGCGUGUAUCUCACGUGCACUCAUUUGAGAGAUAAAAUGUGUAAUUGUAGCAAAAUUGAAAGUUUUAAGUCCACUUUGAAGUUGAGGGGACCAAAUGGCUAUAAGGAAAAAGUUUGAGGGCAUAUUUAUGCGUUAUGCCUUUAUGUAUACAUGUAUGUAUGUAUAUACAUCUGCGUGUACAUGUGUAUGUAUAUUUAUGUGCAGCUGCAUGUGUAUGUAUAUAUGUAUUUAUUUAUGAUACACGCAUAUACAAAUGUGUAGAGAUGUUUUAAUGAAAGAAAAAAUUAUUUUAUUAGCUUUGGUGAAAAAUGACUUGUGGAUUUUGAAUUGGCAAGUCAUUUUACAUCAUUUGGUCCUUUUUUGUCAACCAAACACCGAAAAAAAGUUAAAUGUUUUCACAGAGAACAUUUUACACCCAAACAAACGGAUUUUCAUGCAAGUCAACAAUGAAGAUGCGAAUGCAGAUUAGAUGAAAUGGUGAAUAUUGAUCUGUGUUUAUGCAAUGAUGCUCCUUGGGUUUAAAUGCUGGUUAGACUCCCUUAUUUAUCUAAUAUGAAGGAAUAUUUGAGCAGUAAGGGUAUUGGACUCUACUGUUGGGAUAAUAUCCACUGCAUCCAUUGACGAGAUAAACUUAUUUCCUAUUUCUUCUCAAGGUGAAUUGGAGUCUCAAUUUAACUGAAGAAGAUCAUGUGCAGUGCAGAGAAAAUAUCAAAAGAAUCAGGUAAGCUUCUAAACUUGUUUACAAGAUGUUGUUGCGUGUAUGUAUGGUAGCUAUGUUUGUGUGAAUAUAACUAAAAAAAUAUUGUUUACAUCACUCCUUAUGGGCACUUCAUUUUUCAAAUUUUGGAUUUCAACAAGUUUCAGAUCAAUAUUAGAAAUUUGAACAUGCUUUGCCUACCAUAAAAUGUUAAAGUGGAUUCGUAAACAGUAUGAAUACGUAUUGACCUUUGUACUCAAAUUUCAUAAAUAGCCCAUCUUUGGUCACACUAUUAGGAUCUUGUUGGAGUGGAUAGGCUAGCAUUUGAAUACCAGAUACUGUAGCCACAGGCGACAUACAAUACAUAAAUUGUACCAUUAAUUGUUGCAUAUAAGAUUACUAUAUACUGUGAUUUGUAAAAUGAUAUUGGAUUCAAUACAUUUUAUAGGUGUAGUUCAUAGGUGAACAUAUAAGCUCCAGUUCAAACUGCAAAAUGGGUGGAGUUGACUGAAUUAAACAUUAGUUACUGUACUUGUACUCAUAUGCAGCGCAGUGGGGAUGACUUCCUGCAUACUAUACCAAAACAGAAAGUUAAAUCGCCCCGUGACCUUGUGCUUAAGUGAAAAAGGUGUAGCUACCCGUAGUUGCAAAAUACUACAAGUUUCAUACAAUUUAGCAAACUAUUACAAAUCUUCCACCGGGGCGGUCCACGUUGGAAAUGGGGCCAACGUGGCAAACUGCCAGGAAAAGUGAGUUUUUUUACGACAUGCUUUUCUUAGUAGCAAGAUAGGUUUUUUAUUUGUCCUUUUUUAUUCCAAUCUCGCUACUUGGAGUAGCAAGUGACACUAUAACUCGCCACCGACAAAAGCGAGUUACAACCAAUCUACAAUUGGUCAAUCCAAAGCCACAACAUCAACUGGUUGGUUACUGCCAAUAGUGAGUUUCUCUGCCUGCCCUGCAUUAACAUUAAGCACAAAAGUGUCAGAGGACACAAACAUUAUAUUCACAAUCAACAACCAAGGAAAGAACGCCAAAAUCCAACAUGUCACUAAAAGAACAUUGUGAAUACUUCUUUCUCCCCAAUCGGUCUUAUCUACCAUUUAUGUUUAUUGGGUGUCGAUUUUUGUGCUCCUCAAGAAAGUUCAUAAAGAAGUUGAGAAAGUCAUACGUGCUUUCUUGUGGGAUGGUUUGGAUCUGUCUCCCCAUAAAACUAAGGUUGUCUGGUCUGAAAUUUGCUUCCCAAAAGACCAGGGAGGCCUUGGUUUGCAUCCCCUCUAUAUAUGGAAUCUAGCUCUUGCCGCCAAAUUGAUCUGGCGCCUCAUGCAGGCUUCUUCCGAAUCCCUUUGGAUUUGAUGGAUUCACUCGUACCAUAUUAAGGAUUCUUGCUUGUGGCUUCUUACUCCUCUUUACUCUUGUCCGUUUUACUGGCGUAGGAUCCUUAACCUUAGAGGCAUUGUUCGUCCGCUUCUCAGGUGGAAAAUUGGUAAUGGGCAUCGUGUUUUUCUCUGGCAUGACCAAUGGCACCCCUUUGGUGUGCCGGUGGAUUACUUCUCCCGUGGCCUACCUAGGAGGACGGAUCUCCCUUCUACAGCUAGGUUUUCCUCCAUUAUCUCUCAAGGUGACUGGUUGUGGCCCCAUGCAGUUUUUUCAAGGGAAGCCCAGCUAAUUUUGGAGACUUUGCCAAGUCCCCCUCGGUCCCUUUCCCCUAACCUCCUUUGGUGGGUCCCUGCUCCUAAUGGUUGUUUCUCAACCCGCUCUACUAUGAGUGUUUUAAGAGGCAGGAGAGCUCGAGUCCCUUGGUUUCGGUUAUUCUGGCACUCCUCCGGGGUCCCAUCCUAUGUUUUUAUCUUUUGGCUUACCAUUAAGGAGCGUCUUUCUAUUCUGGAUCAGUUAAACUUAUAUCUAGCGUUUUCUAACAGGUGUUUCUUGUGCAGGUGUGCGAUGGAGCGCCAUAGCCACUUAUCUUUUAGCUGUGUUUAUUCUAUACAGGUUUUACAGCAGCUUAGAUGCCAUGUGAAGUUUGCUUGGCCUUGGAUGAGUUGGGAGCGAGGUGUUUCCUAGGAAACUCAUCAGUUGCGCGGUAGAUUCCCGUGGAUGGUGGCACACCGGCUUACUUUUCAGGCGGGGGUUUACUUUAUAUGGCGCAAGUGUAACAACCGUUGCUUUUGAGAUAGUGAGCGGCCUCUGGGUCAGCUUGCGUACUAGAUCCAGCAAGCGGUUUGGGUGAGGCUGGCCUCCAUGCAAUUUUCUCAGUCCCUUCAGAGCAUUGCCCUGGUUCAUUUCUGGCGGCUUCCUCAUUCUUGUUUUCGCUCAUGUCCGGGUGCUUGAUCUUCUCUCCCAUCUUUAUGCCUUUGGUCAUGUUCUCUCUCCAUGGUGUGUUGUGCCUGGGAAGUCUCGUCGUAUUUUCUUUGUAGCUUCGAUGGUGCAACUUUCCAUGGUUCUGUUAUUUUCAUGUAUUUUGUCUUAUAUGACUCUUUCCUGCCUCGUGUGUUUGAGAUGGUGUUUUCUAUCCUUAUUUUUGCCUUGCAUUGGCUUGUGAUGUAGUUCUGUUCUCUACUUGGGGUAUGCCCCAGUUGUGUUUGUAGUCACUCAUGUGCUUCUUGUUUGUUCUAUAUAAUUCUUAUUUACGGAAGAAGAAGAAAAUAAAUAAAUAAAAAAAACUUCUGUAUAAACAUCCAGUAAAUUCAAAAUAGUAAUGUGAUAAAUUUAUAUUAUGUCUCUCCUUGCUACAUUAUGCUUUCAUACAUAUCAGCAGGUAGGGAAUUUCCUUGUUU